AUGUUUACGAAGGUGUCGAUUUCGACUGCGAAUGUCCCAGGACUGACUACCGCAGCGGCUAAGACGGGGAUGGACAGCGAUAAUCCCACCGGAAACCAGGUUCUGUUUCAUACCGACCUGACUGAAAUCGACUAA